CUCACCAGGCGUGAUGUGCGCGCGAGUGAACGUCAGCUAAAUACCGGGGAGAUUACAAUGGCUGGGGUGUCCAUGCUGAUCGAAGAAGCGAAUACUCAAGUGAAUGACGUGUUUCCGGAUGCUGGAUCCGGCGUGGGAAAUGUUCUCGCUCAAAUCGCUCUGCAAACGCAAGCAUUUCGUGUGGUUGGUAUCGAGAUCAGCAUCGUCACCGCAGACAUCCGCAAUAUUGCUGAAGGCAGCGAUACUGUUAUCAGUGCUGAUCCAGACUCGAAGUUGGCUCAACCCAGCUCCCUUAUCAACUCCGCCGCCUUUUUUUGCCACGACACUGUGUCCGAAGAAGAUGUGGUUUUGGCAAUGCGUGCUUUGUGCAUGAAGCUACCUCAUCUACGUCUGGUGGCGCUGGCAACACGAGUGCGUCCGCGGCAUCGUAAUACGUGCCGAAAUUCGUUUUGCAAACGGUGGAAGUUACUGAAAACAAUUCAGGUUCCGAUACAGCAGCUCCCUUCGGGAUUUAGACCUGUACGCAGCUGA